UCUUCGUAGGCCCAUAAUUAGGAUCCCAGUCUUUGUCGAUAAAGUGUUUCUCCGUUGCUGGAAAGUGUCCCGAAGCAAAAAAUCGCCAUCAUGGGCAGUUUAAUGGAGGCAUGCUGCACUGGGUUCAUAUGCAGACUGUGCUCAAAGAUGAAUCGUAUGGUGAUUUUUAUUUAUGGUGCAGAUGGUCUCGAGUACAACUUACUGCAGAAAAUCAACAACUAUCUUCCAAUAGAGAUCAACGAAGAAGACGAACUGCCGAAAACGAUCUGUGAAGCCUGUUUGGACAAAAUUCUGCUCCAUCAUCGAUUGAUCGAACAGAUACAGUCAGCGCAGAAACGUUUUGUGAAACUGCGCGAUGAAGAUCAGGCCCGAAAUGCUACCCCAGCAGAGUCAGCGGCAAGCUCGAGAACAUUGUCCGCCGAAUCCACAGCUAGCUCGCGAACCAUGUCGGUUGAUUCCACCGAUGCCGUGGAAGAACCGGCAGAAAGGAUACAAGAAACUGAGCCAAACAGCACAGAAUCAGCGGACCACAGUGCCGCUGCCGAAACGGUAAAUGCGCGGGUACAGGACGAUAUUCCGACCAACGAAAGUGUAAGCCAAGAUUCGCAAGAAGCUACAAGCAGCAGCUCAACGGAUACAGCAGCAGCGGGAGAAUCCAGCACUAAUCGGGAACAAAACGAAGCAGGCUCAUCGGCUCCAAAGCCACCACCGAAUCGCUUGAAACGCAAACAGCCCAAUCCGUCUCAUUCGUCUAAAGUGGCUAGAAAACGGUUAGGUUAGGCGCAGCACAUAACGAUCUAUGUUAGGGUUAAGGUUCCAAUCCCAAUUCGCCGCUUGUUCCAUAGCAGGGCCAAACAAAGUUGUAUCAUGCCCCAAUGACAGAUUGGUUUCAAGCGGUCCUUUCUCUCUUUUCCCUCGUCGAUAAGUGUAUUCGAUUAGAUUUAGUAAGCAAACGUGGUAUAUAUUGUUGAUCGCGUACACGCUUCCAUUUCUUUCAUUCAAGUGAAUAAAGCAGCUGGUUAGCGCUGCGUAAGUUUUAUUUCUUAUUUUAUUCAUUG